GAGGCUCAUUCGGUACAUUCUCUCUAAGUUGUCCUUCCCUCCCCAGGUUACCAGGUGACAGGGGUGUUUAUGAAGAACUGGGACUCGCUGGACGAACAUGGAGUGUGCACUGCUGACAAGGACUGCGAGGAUGCGUACAGAGUGUGCCAGAUCUUAGAUAUUCCCUUCCACCAGGUGUCCUACGUGAAGGAGUACUGGAACAACGUGUUCAGUGAUUUUCUGAAUGAAUACGAGAAGGGGAGGACUCCCAACCCUGACAUCAUCUGCAACAAGCACAUCAAGUUCAGCUGUUUUUUCCACUAUGCUAUAGACAAUCUUGGGGCGGACGCGGUGGCCACGGGCCACUACGCAAGGACGUCACUGGAGGAUGAGGAGGUCUUUCAGCAGAAGCACGUCAGGAGGCCGCAGGGGCUUUUCAGAGACCGAUUUGAAGUAAGAAAUGCGGUAAAGCUUCUCCAAGCAGCUGACAGCUUUAAAGACCAGACCUUCUUUCUCAGCCAGGUUUCCCAGGAGGCCCUGAGGAGAGCCCUCUUCCCUCUGGGGGGACUAACGAAAGAUUUUGUAAAGAAAAUAGCUGCUGAGAAUAGACUUCAUCAUGUGCUUCAGAAAAAGGAGAGCAUGGGCAUCUGCUUUGUGGGUAAAAGGAACUUCGAGAGCUUCAUUCUCCAGUACUUAGAGCCACGGCCUGGGAAAUUCAUCUCUAUAGAAGACAGCAGAGUCUUGGGGACACACAAAGGUUGGUUCCUGUACACGUUAGGCCAGAGAGCCAAGAUAGGCGGCCUGCGCGAGCCCUGGUUUGUGGUUGAGAAGGACAGCGCCACGGGUGACGUGUUUGUGGCUCCCCGGACGGACCACCCUGCCCUGUACAGGGACCUGCUGCGGACCAACCGUGUGCACUGGAUCGCAGAGGAGCCGCCGGCGGCCCUGGUCCGGGACAAGAUGAUGGAGUGCCACUUCCGGUUCCGCCACCAGAUGGCGCUAGUGCCCUGCGUGCUGACGCUUAAUCAAGAUGGCACCGUGUGGGUGACGGCCGUGAAGGCGGUGCGGGCCCUCGCCCCAGGGCAGUUCGCCGUGUUCUACAAGGGUGGUGAGUGCCUGGGCAGCGGGAAGAUCCUGCGCUUGGGGCCGUCUGCCUACACGCUGCAGAGGGGCAAGAGCACAUCCAGAGCAGCCACCGAAGGCUCCAGCGACAGCCCAGGCUCAGGUCCCACGCUCUGAGCUCCAGGAGUGGAUGCGGAGGAGCAGGGCAGGGAGUGGGGUGGCCAGGGCAGUUCUGCUGCUGGAACCCAGGAGCCUGGCUAACCUGCUGCUCAGGAAGAGGCCAGAAGGACUUGCUGACCAGUGGGUCUGUCCCAAGUGCCCCGUUUAUACUGCCCCGUGGAGGGGCUGCAGGGAUGGCGUUGAAUAAAUUUUGUCCUGCACAUGGA